CAAAAAGAAAGAAAAAAAUAUAAAAUACCAAAAAGAAAAGAAGAUAUUGUUAAAAUAAGUAGUAUAUAAGUUUAACCUAAUAUUACGAUGUCUUGUCAGGGAGGGAAGGCAACCUCCCCCACACAGCUUCCGAACCUCAUUUUACCUAUUUGCGGCAGUGCACGUUCCCAGAGGGCUUCCGAACCUCCCACAAACAGUCUUCCGGAAGGAUCUUUCAUUUACAGUCGUCAAUUUCUACUUAAAACGGGAUUAAUUUGUAGAAUCGUAGUCAAUCUAUAGUAUUCUUAACAUUUGCAUCAUAUUUUUUUACCAUCGAAGUUCGGGCUGGAAAAGCUUAAACUUUGUAGAUUUUGUUUUAAAUUGUAUUUGUGUUUCGUUUUGAUUUGCGGCAUUCGCUGAAUCCCCCAUACUGCUUCCGAACCCUGUGGUUAUUGGGAACAUUCUUUCCCGUUUCAAGUAGAAAUUGACGAUUAUAAAUUGAAGAUCAUUCCCGGUAGACUGUUUGGGGGAGGUUCGGAAGCCCUAAGGAGACGUGGACUGCCGCAAAUAGGUAAAAUGAGGUUCUGAAGCUGUGCGGGGGAGGUUGCCUUCCCUCCGUCGUCUAGUUUGUAAGAUAAGUUUAACCUAUAAACAGUAUGUUUAUUGUGGCAUCCGCAAAUGUCUUCUGCAGAAGUGAAAUUAUUAUAAAUUAAAGUUUUAGUUUGGAAAGUAUGUCCAACAACUUAUAUUACAAAUGGUAAAAGCCAAACUUUUGCGAAGACCCUUUUUUUGGAAAAAUAAUGUGGUUAAUAAAAGUUUAUUAAAUUAAUAUGUUUUUGUGAAAGUUGAUAUUAAAGAUCUUUUAAACUUCAUAAUAGCUUAUAUUAAUCACACUUAUGUUUCAGAGCACUGGAAAUUUUGCUUGAAAAUGGCAGAAAGAAAUGCAGCAAAGACAAAAGAUAACUCAAAGCUGAAAGCAAAAAUCAGAAAACUUGAACUGAAGAAUCGGGAGUUGGAGAAGGAGCGUGAUGAAGAGUCUAAUAAAUCCAGGUCUUACUCUGAAUUCCUGGAAGGUAUAGUGGUGCAGAUAAAUCAUAAAAGGAAAUGUAGUGAGACCACAGACAGGAAUGAUCCUCCGAUAAAGAAGAUUAAACAUGAAUCAGAAUAUGUUGAAGAUAUGAAGGAUGUGGAUUUGGUGAAGGAUAUUGAAACUUUCAAUGAUAAAUCUGAAAACCUGACAAGUGUUCCAACAGCAGAUGAAAGCAAAGAUGAUGAAGGAAAGUCAAAAAUCCAGGAAGAAAAAGAACAAGAAGCACAAGAUUCCAAUGAAAAACUGAAGAUUGGGAAAAGGAACACAGAGCUGACACUGGAAGACUCUGAUCUUUCAAAAAGCAAUAUUAGGUUACUGCAGAAGGAAAAGGAUGAAUUACCAGCAUUUGUUGAUUCAAUCAAGAAUAAGUUGACUGAAUUCUCAUCAAGUCUACCAGUUCCUACAGUUGAGGAGGAGAGUUCAGGAGGAACAGGAGAGGAUGGUUUAAUUGCCCAGCUCACAAACCUGAUCCACCAGAACAGGAACUUAAAGAGGGAUGUAAGUGAGUCACAGCAGUUAGUUCAGGACCUUGAGAAAGAUAAGCUGAAAGAUACAACUGAGAUUGCAAGACUAAAGGGGGAGUUACAGAGGAAUGAAAGUGACUCACAGCAGUUAGUUCUGAACCUGAAGAAAGAUAAGCUGAAAGAUACAACUGAGAUUGCAAGACUAAAGGGGGAGUUACGGAGGAAUGUAAGUGAGUCACAGCAGUUAGUUCUGAACAUGGUAAAAGAUGAACUGAAAGAUACAACUGAGAUUGCAAGACUAAAGCGGGAGUUAUGGAGGAAUGUAAGUGACUGUUUUGAACAUGAAGAAAGAUAAGCUGAAAGAUACAACUGAGAUUGCAGAAAGGGGUGUAAUGAGUGUAUUCUUUCCAAUGCCCAAUGUUAAUAUUAUAUCAGUCUGACAAUUUUUUUUAGAAUUUUCAUUCUUUAAUUUCUUACAG